AUGGUUUACCACGCUUCCGUUCUGUACCCCAACGAGGAGGGCAUCACCUUCGAUGAGACCUACUACCUGCAGACCCACAUGCCUCUGGUUGACAAGGUCUGGAAGAAGCACGGCCUGACCGGCUGGAAGAUCAUCAAGUACACCACCUCCCUCGAUGGAUCCAAGUCCCAGUUCUACAUUUCCGCCAACCUCGAGUUUGAGAGCGAGGAGGCUGCCACCAAUGCCCUCAAGGACCCUGAGUCCGCUUCCAUCUUCGGCGAUAUCCCCAACUUCACCAACAAGAAGCCCAUUACCAUUGCUGGUAACCAGCUUUAA